GUUGUGCAUUCAUGAUUUCUUAUUUUAAGGGUUUUGGGGGCUACUGCGUACAUUGCUGAAGGAUAUAUACAACACUUGUAAUAAUUCUUUCAGCUGACUAUGGGAACUUCAGCUACCAUUUCUUUUGGUGACUUAGUUCCUCUCAGUUCAAAUAACGGGGGAUGGCCGGAUAGGGGGAGUAAAUGGCCCAUGAAGAUGGAAGCAAGAGGAGGAUUGGUGACUUUGGGGGAAAAAAAUAAAAUGCAUUGUCAGAUUAUUGAAGCAAAUUUAUUCGAUUCGAGUCCAAAUUGGACUCGACACGAACUGGAUCCAGUGUAGGCCCAAUAAGACUUAAUAUGGUUGCCAUGGCCCAUUAAGAUUUGUAUAGACUAUGGAGCACUUAAGGUCCAAUAUCUUAAAAAAGCCCAAAUUGGAUUAUGAUGAAACUCGUAAUUAGAGCUGAUCAUGGUGGAUCACUGGAUUGGUGGGAUAUCCCAGUAAAAGGCAGGCUUGGGAAAUUUUUUUCAUAAUUUUUUUUAAAGUUUUUCUUUUUAAAAGUCAUAAACCUGAUUGUAUUAAGUUACCUAAUAAAUUAGAUAAUUGAAAUCAGUAGGCACUCGUGUACCAUAAAAAUAGAGUAUAAUCAAAAGGAUUAAAAAAAAACGAAGAAAAAACAAAAAGGGUCAACGUCGAACACUCCUAAACGAAACCAUAUUACCAUGUAAAUACACAUAAUUUUGAAAACAUUCUUCACCCUUAAUGGAAAACCAUUAUCAAUGUCCAAAUUGAAAUUAAAUCAAGGCUAGUCACAAUUCAUUGAAUCAUACAAACUAAAAAUUAUGGUGUUGGUUCACGAUCCUAUAAAUUGUUAACAUAUAUAGCGACAUAUUCCAUGCUUAGAAAACUAAAGGUUGAAGGACACAUUUACACUCUUCAAAAUCCAAGAAUUUAGAAAGAAAAAGAAGGUGCACUUUUAAUCAUAUAAUUUGCAAACAUUUAUAGAAAUUGAUUAAUUCACUUCAAAACUAAAUUAUUUAACGAUUACGAGAUUCUGCAUACUCCAUGAUCAAACAGUAGCAUUACGAAUUCUACAUACUCCACGAUCAAACUAUUGCCUAGUUUGGUAAAAUAUUUUCAAAAUAACAGAUAUGCUAAUGGAUAGCAUUGUAGAUGGCCUUGUCUUCCUUAGGACAUAUUUUUGAUUCGAUGUCUAUUUUCGUUGAGGCCGUCUCACAGAAAUGUACUCCUUUUGAGUAAUUUAUGAUUUGAGUUUUUGUUUAAAAAAAUGAUUAAUGGAAGUUAAUCGUAGCCGUUGGUUUAGAUCAUACGGUCAACUCAAAAUAAUUAUCAUGUGCUGUAUUGUAUUUACAUUUUACAUCCAUAGUUUCUCAUACCAAUUUCGCAUAGAAUAUGGACAGUCUCAGGUCUUGACGGCUGUGUGAACACAGAGAGAAACGCACAGACCAAAGCAUUAGCUUUACCAUCAACACCGUCGCUCCCGCCGCCGUAACCACCGUAUUUUCUGUUAAUUUACAUCUUUCGUCUAAUUCCCGGUGGUGGGAUUGGAAACAUCGAGCGUAUGCCCUCUUCCUCGCCGUAACUGGCUGGGAGCCAUCAUCGUCAGAUGUCUUACCGUCAAUCACCGUCCUUCACUUCAUCAUCACCACCGUACGAUCACCAUAUCCUAUCGAAGCGAAAACUGGAUGAUUACGCCGCUUAUGUGGAAGACGACGAGGACUCUUAUUUAUCGGAACUAGUCUCUGUUCGGAUGAGGAGAGACGGAAUCUCGGCCGUCCGGGACUCAUCCAACGGCAGCGGCGGAGGAACGGCCUUUUCCGGCUCACCGAACUUGAAUCAGGUCGCCUACCGCGCCGAUUCUCUAUCUUCACCAUCAUUAGUAGACUUCCGGCAACCGGAGUGCACAACAACUAGGGUACAAUUCUUUAUCAAGUUAAUUUCGGGCGGAAAUACAUUGGUUGUGCAUGCAAAUUCGGACGAUACGGUAGGUUCUCUACUUGAACGGCUUCAUGUCAUGACUGGAAUACCUGUAUUCGAGCAGCGAUUAAUUUAUAGGGGAAGAGAACUACAAUGGGAUCAGUCUUUAGCAGAAUGCUCUAUCCAAAAUGAUGCUGGACUCACCAUGGUGGCCCGAAUGCGGAGCACAAGGCACCCUGCGGGUUGGAAUGCCAUAGAUUGUAUGAUUUCAAAAAUUUACCAACUUUGCAAGGGCGAGGGGGUGACUACACCUUCAAAAUACAUUACCGACCGUAUGUCGGAUUUCUUCUCAAGAGUGCCAGAGAAAAAUAUAGAAUUGCAAUUUGAAUACAUGCACAUAGUAAUGGCAUCGUGGGCACCUACUGCCUUGGUUACCCUUUACACUUCGACAAUUGAAGGUAACCGUGAGUGUGCUAAACAUUGCAUUAAGUAUUUCUUGACUACUAGUAAAAGUGAUCUAACUGAGUCAUUGUAUAUAAAAUGUGCACCCACCAUAAUUAUAGAGUUUUGUAAGCUGCUUAGGCAGGUAGGUUGUGAAGAUCCCCUGUAUCUCCAUUGCCGGAACACUUUAGCGUCAUUGUUGACCAAGACUGCUGUGUGGAAUGGCUUGUUGAUUUAUAAAGGAGAUAAAGAGGAUAAAGAGGACAGAGGGGAUAGAGGGGAUAUUCGGCCAGUAAUUGUAAUUCAAGACCUUUUCCCAUUUGUUAGUGAGCUUGCAAAUAGGUUAUCCAAGGACCUGGCUAUCAGUAUGGAGAUACCCGCGAGCAAGGGGCCUUUGCUGAAUGAGAGCAAGGGGCCUUCGCCAAAUGAGAGCAAGGGGCCUUCGUCGAAUGAUGUUCGUGAUCUCGUUGCUUUUUUGCCCCCUAUCCGCCGGGCAAUUGUGGAGCAAGCAGGUUCCAACUGUCCUAUCUCCAUGCCACUGAACAAGAUUGGUCUUAGCCAUCCAUGGCAAGGGAAAAAGAUAGGACUUCUUUAUGUUAUAUUUGUUGAUCUGCUGUUUAGGAUGGAUAAUUGCCUAGAAAAGAUGGAGGACCGUUUGCGUCUGAAUGCAAAUGCAGAAGGCGAAGAUGCUUGUACAGAAUGGUCGCAAUAUCUUGUGAUUCUGAAAGAAUUGAACAGCAUUUCUAAACUAUAUCAGGGUGCUGAAGAGAAGUUUUGGGGUCGUUUGACUCAUAGGAAAGCUUCUUUGUCUAUGCUAAUUAUUAGAUAUGCUAAGCGAACUGACGAUAAUCAAUGGCUUUUUGAUCAUAAGGAAGUGACAAAUUUUGAAUCCAGGAGGCAUUUGGCUAUGAUGUUGCUCCCAGAUGUAAGAGAAGAUUAUGACGAGCUGCACGAGAUGCUUAUUGACAGGUCUCAACUGUUGUCAGAAUCAUUCGAGUACAUAGCACGUGCAGAUCCCGACUCUCUACACGGUGGUUUGUUUUUGGAAUUCAAAAAUGAGGAAGCCACAGGUCCUGGUGUUUUAAGGGAGUGGUUCAUCCUGGUAUGCCAAGCUAUAUUCAAUCCGCAAAAUGCACUUUUUGCAGCAUGCCCCAAUGAUCGUAGAAGGUUUUAUCCCAAUCCUUCAUCUAAGGUGGAUCCCAUGCAUCUGGAGUACUUUAGCUUCUCUGGCCGGGUAAUUGCUCUAGCUUUGAUGCAUAGAGUACAAGUAGGAAUUGUCUUUGAUCGAGUGUUUUUCUUGCAAUUGGCUGGAAUGCAACUUUCUGUAGAAGAUAUUCGGGAGGCAGAUCCAUUAUUAUAUAAUAGCUGUAAGCAGAUCCUUGAGAUGGAUGCCGAGUUUAUUGAUUCAGAUGGUUUAGGACUGACAUUUGUUACAGAAGUUGAGGAGCUAGGAUCCAGGAAAGCUGUGGAGCUUUGCCUGGGUGGGAAAAAUAUUGUGGUGAAUAGCAAGAAUAGAGAAGAAUAUGUUGAUCUUCUCAUCCAACAUCGCUUUGUUACAUCAAUAUCUGAACAAGUCUCUCAUUUUGCACAAGGUUUUGCUGAUAUUCUUUCUAAAUCAGACAGAAGAACCUGCUUCUUCCAUAGUUUAGAGCUUCAAGAUCUUGACUGGAUGCUAUUUGGAACUGAAAGUGCUAUCUGUGUUGAUGAUUGGAAGGCACAUACUGAUUUCAAUGGCUACACAGAAACUGAUCCACAGAUACUGUGGUUCUGGAAGAUUGUUGGGGAAAUGUCAGAACAGCAGAAAAAGGUUCUCCUCUUCUUCUGGACAUCGGUGAAAUAUCUUCCAGUGGAGGGUUUCCGUGGUUUAGCUUCUCGACUUUACAUAUACAAGUCCUCAGAACCCCAUGAUCGUCUUCCAUCAUCUCACACAUGCUUUUACCGGUUCUGUUUCCCACCAUAUCCAUCCGAGGCUGUUAUGCAAGAUCGUCUUCGCGUCAUCACCCAAGAACAUGUUGGUUGCAGCUUCGGAACUUGGUGAAGUAUCUGUCCCUCCUACAUUCGGAUAAAAAGGGUUUGGUUUUUUUUGCUGCACAUAGAAAGAUAUUUAUGCAGGUUGUACAGAUUAUAGGAAAGACCUUAUCUUGUUUCUGCUAAAUAUGCUAUGUCUGGAGGUAAUGUUGGUUCUCUGUAGUUUUCUUGUGUGGGUUGAGAUGUCAAUGCAUGCUCAACUGUUUAUAUAGGUCUUGGCGUAAAUAAAGCUGGAAUCAAGAAUGAAGAAAAUAUAUCUCCUUUAAUCCUUAAUUUUAGAAGGGACAACUGAUGCUUUCAGAGUAAUGUGAAUAGAGACAUAUAUUCUCUCUGGCAUCCAAGUUCCCAUAUCUUUUGAAAUCUUGCUUUCUUUAUCUUUACUCUUUAGGGUUUUUAAAGUUUGAGAAAGUGCAUGGAUUAGUUGAGAUACUCUCCAAACAUUUUGGUUGAAUAUGAGCUUUUUAUCUUUA